CAGCAGCGGCCAUCGAGGGCGAAAUGGGCGCGAUAAAGGUUCUCGCCGAAUUUAUCAACCGGACGAUCACGGCGUGACGAGUCCCGUGCCUGGGCUGACUACAUCAGGUUUGGGCUUAUCAACCACUUGGAUUCUCGAUACCACCACCACCGUCACCAUCAUGCCUCGCACAGCGGAAACAGCCAGUUUUGCGUUCAACCACACCAUGAUCCGGGUGAAGGACCCCAAGGUAUCCCUUCAAUUUUAUACCGAAAUCAUUGGCAUGGAUCUUCUCUCUGAAAAGGAUUUCGGGGACUUCACUCUAUACUUCCUUGGAUUCGAUCACUCCGGUGGCGCACUUAGCGCCAAGGAAAAAGAAGAGACCAGGUUUUCUCGUGAAGGCAUACUCGAGCUCACCCACAACCAUGGCACGGAAUCGGAUCCGAACUUCCAGGGAUAUGCCAGUGGAAACUCGGAGCCCGGCCGGGGCUUUGGACACAUCGCUAUAACGGUUGAUGAUGUUGAAAAAGCUUGCGAACGAUUCGAACAGCUGGGAGUUGCCUUCAAGAAGAGGCCCAGCGAUGGGAAGAUGAGACACAUCGCUUUUAUUCUGGACCCUGAUGGCUACUGGAUUGAAAUUGUGCCCCGCGUCAUUAAGUUUGAUUGAGAUAGGAAGAAAAAUCAAGUUAACCAAGAGUGUAUUAGUACGUCUUACAUGUAACACCGUGCCUACCGAGUGAUACCUCUAUAGUAUGAAUUACAUGUACUUAUAUUGGUUCUUCAUCAAGUUCUUGCUGUUAUCUUUUCGGAAAAGUAAAGACGAUGUCUACAUCGGGAAAUC